AUGGAUAUUCUGUGCCCCUUGCUCCGGUUUCUGCUCGCUCUCUUGUGGACUGGGGUAGGAGCCCUCAUCAACCUGAAGUACUCAGUGGAGGAGGAGCAGAGAGCUGGCACUGUGAUUGCCAACGUUGCCAAAGAUGCCCGAGAUGCGGGCUUUGUGUUGGAUCCCCGGCAGCCCACUGCUUUCCGGGUGGUCUCCAACUCUGCACCACACCUGGUAGACAUCAACCCUGGAUCGGGGUUAUUGGUGACUAAGCAGAAGAUUGACCGGGACCUACUUUGUCGGCAGAGCCCCAAAUGCGUGAUCUCGCUGGAGGUCAUGUCCAGUUCCAUGGAGAUCUGUGUCAUCAAGCUGGAGAUUAAAGAUCUCAAUGACAAUGCGCCCAGCUUCCCUACUGACCAAAUUGCCUUGGAGAUCUCUGAGACGGCCAGCCCAGGGACCAGGGUGCCUUUGGAGAGCGCCUACGAUCCAGACUCAGGCAACUUUGGGGUGCAGAGUUAUGAGAUCACACCCAAUGACCUCUUUGGGCUGGAAACCAAGACCCGCGGUGAUGGAUCCCGCUUUGCAGAGCUGGUGGUGGAGAAGAGCCUGGACCGUGAGACCCAAUCUCAUUACAGUUACAUGAUCACAGCUUUGGAUGGGGGAGACCCACCCAAUUUUGGCACGGUCGAGUUGAACAUCAGGGUCAUCGACUCCAACGACAACAACCCUCUUUUUGAAGAGCCAUCCUACACGGUCAGUGUGCCAGAGAAUGCUCCUCCGGGCAGGCCAGUUAUUCGCCUCAAUGCCACGGACCCUGACGAGGGCACCAACGGGCAGGUGUUGUAUUCCAUCCACAGCUACGUGUCUGAAAAGGCCAGGGACCUCUUCCAAAUCAACCCCCAGACGGGCCUGAUCACGGUCAGCGGGGCAAUUGACUUUGAGGAAGGGCAUGCCUACGAACUGGAUGUGCAGGCCAAAGAUCUCGGCCCCAACUCUAUUCCUGCCCACUGCAAGGUGACAGUCACAGUGCAAGACGCCAAUGACAACCCCCCUCUCAUUAACUUGCUCUCCGUUAACAGUGAGCUAGUGGAGGUGAGCGAGAACGCGCCUCCGGGCUACGUGAUUGCUCUGGUGAGAGUUUCCGACCGGGACUCUGGUGCAAAUGGCCGGGUGCAGUGCAAACUGCUGGGCAAUGUGCCCUUUCGCUUGCAAGAGUACGAGAGCUUCUCCACCAUCCUGGUGGACGGACGCUUGGACAGGGAGCAGAGGGACCAGUACAACCUCACUAUCCAGGCUAAGGACAAUGGGAUCCCCUCUUUGCAAGCCACCAAGUCCUUCACUGUCAAGAUCACGGAUGAAAAUGACAACCACCCCCAUUUCUCAAAGCCUUACUACCAGGUCAUCGUGCAGGAGAACAACACCCCUGGGGCCUACCUUCUUUCUGUUUCUGCCAGGGAUCCUGACCUAGGCCUUAACGGCAGUGUCUCCUAUCAGAUUGUGCCAUCCCAAGUAAGGGACAUGCCUGUUUUCACCUACGUCUCCAUCAAUCCCAACUCAGGAGACAUCUAUGCCUUGAGAUCCUUCAACCAUGAGCAGACCAAGUCUUUUGAGUUCAAGGUCUUGGCCAAAGAUGGAGGCAACCCCUCCUUACAAAGCAAUGCCACCAUCCGAGUGAUCGUCCUGGAUGUUAAUGACAACACCCCUGUGAUAACUGCCCCUCCUCUAGUCAAUGGGACUGCAGAAGUGUAUAUACCCAGGAAUGCUGGGGUCGGCUACUUGGUGACAGUGGUCAAAGCGGAUGAUUAUGAUGAAGGCGAGAAUGGAAGACUUUCCUAUGAGAUGGCUGAAGGAGAUCGAGGGUUUUUUGAGAUUGACCAGGUCAAUGGUGAGAUAAGGACCACAAGAGCAUUUGGGGAGAAUUCAAAGACUACGUAUGAGCUGAUUGUGGUGGCCCACGACCAUGGGAAAACAUCUCUCUCGGCUUCAGCCUUGAUUUUAAUCUAUCUUUCUCCAGCGCUGGAUGCCCAGGAAUCCAUAGGAUCUGUUAACUUGUCCUUGAUUUUUAUUAUUGCCCUGGGUUCUAUUGCUGCCAUUCUGUUCGUCACCAUGAUCUUUGUGGCUGUCAAAUGUAAACGGGAUAACAAAGAAAUCAGGACCUACAACUGCAGAAUUGCAGAGUACUCCUAUGGGCACCAAAAGAAAUCCAACAAGAAGAAAAAAAUCAGCAAGAAUGACAUCCGUCUGGUGCCGCGUGAUGUUGAGGAGACCGAUAAAAUGAACGUUGUGAGUUGUUCCUCACUGACAUCAUCUCUCAACUACUUUGACUAUCACCAGCAGACUUUGCCUCUGGGUUGUCGCCGAUCAGAAAGCACCUUUCUCAAUGUGGAGAACCAAAACAACAGGAACACAGGCUCCAACCAUGUCUACCACCACACCUUCACUAGUCAGAGUCCCCAACAGCCAGAUCUCAUCAUCAAUGGGAUGCCACUGCCAGAGAAGAGCAGCAAAGAGAACUUGCGACGGGGACAGAGCCAAGAGAGGGGGACUACUGAAAACUACUCAUUUGAUUCCAACUAUGUGAACAGCAGGGCUCAUUUAAUAAAAAGCAGUUCGACAUUCAAAGAUCUGGAGGGGAACAGCCUGAAGGACAGUGGGCAUGAAGAGAGUGACCAAACAGACAGUGAGCAUGACGUCCAGCGUGGCCUGUACUGUGACACUGCCGUCAAUGACGUUUUGAACACCAGUGUCACCUCCAUGGGGUCUCAGGUUCCUGAACAAGAUCAAAGUGAAGGAUUCCAUUGCCGGGAGGAGUGCCGGAUCCUUGGCCAUUCAGACCGAUGUUGGAUGCCACGGAACCCUGUCCCCAGCCGAGCAAAAUCCCCUGAGCAUGGAAGGAACGUCAUGUCCCUCUCUAUAGAAGCGACCACAGUGGAUACAGAGCUUUAUGAAGACUGUAGCACAAAGAGAACUUUUGCCACAUUUGGCAAGGACGGGAGCGAACCCGUCCCUGAGGAGCGGGGCCCGGCCAACUUGAAAGGUAAAAGAACAGUGGAUCCACCUGUCUGUAGUCCAAAGGUCAAUGGGGCAGUCCGGGAGGCAGGGAACGGCUGUGAAGCCGUCAGUCCCAUCACAUCCCCCGUCCACCUCAAGAGCCCCUUGUCUAGCAAACCAUCCGUGUCGUACAACAUAAUGCACUGCCCAGCAAAUCGCGACCUGGAGCCCUUUGUAAACAAUGGCCCAUCGCGGCCCACGGAAGCGGAGCCAAGGGGUGCGGACAGUGAGAACACGAUGCAUGAGAUUAACCCUCUUCUGCAAGAAUGUAGAGAGAAAGACUCGCCUGGUGUGAAGAGGCUAAAAGAUAUCGUACUAUAA